AUGUCGUUCCACCCCAGACCACCGGGAACAACGAUUGUUUCCGCUGGUAUCCCGUACAUUGCUCCACCGAUAGUGCAGCAACAAAUGAUGCCUGCCAUGAAUCAGCCACCUCCCUCAAAUCGUGGCGGAAGCUUUCGUUCCGGAGCAACGAUUGGAUCUCGACCACAGAUGUACAACAACAAACCUCCACCUCAACCAGAACCGGUGUACGAUGGGCCGAUAGUAACUGUUUUUGUAGGUAACAUCAGCGAGAAAGUACCCGACCCAAUGAUAAAACAGAUUCUAGCUACUUGUGGCACGGUGGUUAACUGGAAGCGGGUAUCUACUUUUGGUUUUUGCGAAUAUGACCCUGCAGGAGGAGCUAGAGCAGUUCGUUUGGUGCACGACCUAGAGGUCGGUGGCAAAAAGUUGGUAGCAAAGGUGGAUGCCAAGAAUAAAGCGCUGCUCGAUUCGUUUCGAGAGGAUGAAAAUAAUGCUGCAACAACGAACGAAGUGUCCGAAAAGCGAGGCGAUGACGAAGCAAUGAUAGCCAUCGGUCAUAUAUUAGAAGACUUUAGGGAAGAGCUAGCUGCAGCCGAACAGCAGCAGGAAGAAACGCAAGCAAAGCAGAAGAAAAUGCUUCAAACGGUGGAUAUUGAAGACGGUAAGCGGGACAUCAUCAACAAGGAAAUUGGCAAGUUCCGCAAAUACACCGAGGAAGAAGAGUUGAAGAAAGAAAAGGAAAAGGAGCGCAAAAAGCGCGAAGAAAAGCGUGUAGAAGAGAAACAGCGCCGUUCGGCAUCGCCCCGAAAGGAUAAGAAAGUUUCCAACUCAUCCCGGCGGCGCAGUCGAUCACGUUCGCGUGACCGUGAGCGGGAUCGCGAACGUGAGCGAGAACGUGAACAACGGGAACGCGACAAGGAACGAGAACGGGAGCGUGAGCGCGAACAGCGUGAACGGGAACGCGAACGUGAACGUGACUUGGAACGACAACGUGAACGCGAAAGAGAACGUGAGCGGGAGCGGGAAAGAGAGAGGGAACGAGAACGCGAGCGGGAGGAUAUAAAGGUGAACCGCAAUCCGCGCGAUAUUCAGAAAGAGAAGGAAAUGGAAGAAGAAGCACGGGAGCGGAAGAAGGCAGAGAAGAAAGCCCGUGAUAAGGAAGCGGCGUACCAAGAACGGUUGAGGAACUGGGAAGCGAGAGAAAGGAGAAAGGCAAAGGAUUACGAGAAGGAUCGGGAGAAGGAUCGUUGCAAGGAGGAGGAACGCGAGAAGGAAGCGAAACGGUUGAAAGAGUUUCUCGAGGACUAUGACGAUGAUCGUGAUGAUCCAAAGUACUACAAGGGCCGUGAACUACAGCGAAGACUUGCCGAAAGAGUUCGGGAAGCGGACGCUGAUUCUAAAGAUCGCAACAAGGAGCAGGAAGAGUUGGAUGAAUUGAAGAACAAAAUAUUCAGCGGAGAGUACGAUAAUCCGACGCUCGAGUUUGAGAAGGCCAAAAAGGAGCGCGAGGAUCUGUACAAACCGAAAAUACUGAUCGACGUAAAUCUGGAACAAUCGCAACAGCGUGAGCGUGAGCUCGAGCGGGAACGGGUCCGUGAAAUAGAACGUCAACGUGCUAAGGAGCGCGAGCGCAUGAACAAGGAACGCUAUGUACUAGCACAAGCUUCGCGGGAACUUGCUUCGGUCGAUGCAGAGCCGAUCGAGUCCGAUUCUAGCGGACAGGAAAACUUUAACUCACCAGCCGGCAGUGCACUCCAGGCCGCCAACAGCAGUGCAUCGAACGGGCCAGGUUCCGGUUCAGCCAGCAUAAUGGAUGGCAUGGGUAAUAGCAAUCAUCACCAUCAUCAUCACCACCAUCAUCCGCACCAUCAUCAUCAGCAUCACCAUAUGCACCACAACGCAUCGGAACAGCGUGUAGCAUCCGCUGGUCAACAUCCUCCACACGCAGGAUCCGAAACGCGCGAUUCGUUCGGUUUAAUGGGACACGGUAGCAGUGGAGGUGGAGGAAUCGGUGGCGGCAACGUAAUGCUAGAUGAUGAUAGCUCACGGCACUCGAUACGGUCAAACUCUCAGCACGGAAUCCCCGAAAGUCCAGAAGCGAACAGCAAUAGCGAGAUGAACUCGAUAUCCGACAAAUCGUCCCAUCAUCACCAUCAUCAUCAUCAGCUGCUGCCGCAACAGUCCGCAGUGGGUCCGACGAUUAGCUUAAAUCUUAACGUGAAUGCGAAAAAGAAAAAACUCGAAAUGAAGGAUGUGUUUAACAGUCUGGACGAUGAUACGGAAGAAUCGAACGGUCCUAAAAAAAGAAAGCUUGUUCCAUUAGAAUACGAGGACGGGCGUGCUCAGGCGGACACACCGAUCGGAACGGCAAACAGUACACCAGCGGCGGCGACCACCGCUGGCACAGCACCGAAAUCAUCGAAAGGCAAAAAGGAUGACGCGUCGAGUCGGGAAACACAAAAAUCGCAGGAAGAAAAGCGCAAAAACAUUAAGAGUAUUAUCGACAAGAUACCGACGGAGAAGAGCGAUCUCUUUAACUAUCCGCUCGACUGGAACGAGAUCGAUAGUACAAUCGAGAAGAAAAUUCGACCAUGGAUUAACAAAAAGAUUAUUGAGUACAUUGGCGAACCGGAACCGACGUUGGUGGAUUUCAUCUGUUCCAAGGUGCUGGCCGGCAGUACACCGCAGGGCAUACUUGAUGAUGUACAGAUGGUUCUCGACGAGGAAGCGGAAGUGUUUGUGGUGAAAAUGUGGCGAUUGCUAAUCUAUGAGGUAGAAGCUAAAAAAGUUGGUCUGGCAAAGUAGGUACGUGGCAUAACG